AUGGAACCAAAUGCCAAAAUGUUUGCGCAUGAAGGAAAAGAUUUGGAAGAUGCAACAAUGUAUCGAAAAUUGGUAGGCAGUCUGAUCUACUUAACCUUGACUCGACUUGACAUUUCUUAUGCAGUUAGUGUGAUGAGUCGGUACAUGCAAAAUCCAAAGAAGCAUCAUUUGAAAGCAGUUCGACGUAUACUGAGAUAUGUGAAGAGUACAAUUGAUUAUGGUCUUUUGUACAAGAAAGGUGGAGACUACAAGUUAGUUGGUUACUGCGAUGCUGACUAUGCAAGAGAUCAUGACACCAGAAGAUCAACAACAGGGUAUUUGUUUAAGCUUGGUUCUGGAACAAGUUCUUGGUGUAGUAAGAGACAGCCGACUAUAUCAUUAUCACUGAAGCUGAGUGUCGAGCAGCAGCAAUGGUAG